AUGCUUAAGGGCAUGACGCCGUCGGUAUCAAAUACUUACUACACCUCGUUAGAAGCACCGCGAUUAACUACGGAAAUUCCCGACGAUAACGAUGCACUGCCAGAAGCUAUCGAAACUAUCACAGAUUCCACAAAACCUGAGGAUAUCCGAAAGCCGAGAAGAAAAGGUGAACUCACAUUAGGUACAAAUCUCUAUGGACGUCCGUAUUGUCCGGGUCGACCACUGUCCAUGGCAGAACGGCGACGGAUCAUCGAGCUGCAUAUGAGUGGCAUGAAAGUGAAUGCAAUCUCCAAAACCUUGUGCAUAUCACACGGUUGUGUUAGCAAGAUUAUCAGCAGAUAUAUGAUUUUGGCAUCAAUCAAUAAAGCUUGA